AUGCGCUGGAAUCGAUUGUUGCUGUGGCUUUUCGCGACAACUGCGGUCGCUCAAUACACUGAUGGAAUCUCCAAGCUUGUUAAUCGACGGCUACCAGAACAAAUUGACAGUUUUCGGUUUGAGAUAAAUUCCAAUCUCACUGGGGGCUACGAUGCCUAUGCUGUGGAAAGCUCCCCCGAUGGUACAAUUUUGGUAGAGGGAAAUUCACUCAGCGCGUUAUCUACUGGACUUCAUCGCUAUCUUACAGAUGCCGUUCAUGUUGAUAUUUACUGGUUUAUUGGCAGCAGACUUGAUGUCGCACCAUCCAACUUACCUCGUCUAGACAAACCUAUUCAUGGAUCCAGCACAGUCCCUUGGAGGUAUCACUUCAACACAGUGACCUUCUCCUAUACCACAGCUUUUUGGAGCUGGGAAGAUUGGGAGCUGCAACUUGAUUGGAUGGCUCUGCGUGGCAUUAACCUACCCCUUGCAUGGGUUGGCCAAGAAAAGAUCGUGGUGGAAGUUUUCCGUGAACUCGGGCUUAUUGAUUCAGAGAUUGGCACUUUCCUAAGUGGUCCAGCCUUUCAGGCCUGGAAUCGGUUCGGCAACAUCCAAGGCUCCUGGCAUGGUGAUCUCCCGAACUCAUGGAUCGAUGAACAAUUCGACCUACAAAAGAAGAUUAUUCAUCGCAUGGUGGAACUUGGAAUGACCCCGGUGCUCCCAUCUUUCACUGGGUUUGUUCCCUCUAACAUCACUCGCGUUCUACCGAAUGCGAACGUAGUCAAGGGCUCGAGAUGGGGCGGCUUUCCUAUUCAAUACACCAACGACACGUUCCUUGAACCUUUUGACGAGAACUUUGCUGCCUUACAAAGCAGCUUCAUUAGCAAACAGCAGGCUGCUUAUGGUAAUAUCAGUCAUAUUUACACCCUCGACCAGUACAACGAGAAUGACCCCUACUCUGGCGACCUCGAUUACCUGCAAAAUGUCACUCGAAACACCUGGCGGAGCUUGAAAGAUGCUGAUCCCCAGGCUGUGUGGAUGAUGCAAGGCUGGCUGUUCUACGCAAAUUCUGCUUUCUGGACCGAUGAGCGAGUGGAAGCAUAUCUCUCUGGCGUGGAUUCGAAUGAGGACAUGUUGAUCUUGGAUCUCUUCUCGGAGUCAAUACCCCAGUGGAAGCGAACAAACUCGUAUUACGGCAAGCCUUGGAUCUGGUGCCAGCUGCACAACUUUGGAGGAACCAUGGGAUUGUACGGACAAAUCCAAAAUCUGACUCAAAAUGCAACGCAGGCACUGAUCGAGUCCCCAUCCAUGGUUGGGUACGGUCUAAGUAUGGAGGGACAAGAAGGGAACGAGAUUGUAUACGAUCUGCUCCUUGAUCAAGCGUGGUCUUCAUCCCCGUUGGACACGCAAGAAUACUUCCAUGAUUGGGUCACGAGCCGGUAUGCUGGCCAAGACAAGACGCCGGAUGGUCUGUAUAUUGCAUGGGACUUGAUGCGAGAAACAGUAUACAACAAUACAAAUAUCACGACGCUGGCUGUGCCAAAGUCCAUUGCAGAUGUCGAGCCCAAAUUGUGGAAUAUAGUUGAUGUGGUCGGAACACAUGGCACUACCGUCAACUAUGAUCCCUCUGUCCUCGUACGGGCGUGGCAGUCCUUGUACGAAGCAGCGAAUGAAGAACCAAAGCUGUGGUCCAACCCUGCCUAUCAGCACGAUAUAAUUGAUGUGACGCGCCAAGUAAUGGACAACGCAUUCAUCACUCAAUACUUGGAUCUGGUGGAGUCUUACAAUCAAUCUCGAUCCGACCAAGCCAGUUUCGCCAAGCAAGGCAAGGAUCUGAUUCAACUUCUGACUGAUUUGGAUGCUAUUCUGCUCACCAAUCGCAAUUUCCGCCUAUCGACAUGGAUUAAUUCAGCACGGGUUUGGGCCCAUGAUAACAUAUCAGAGGCAUAUUUCGAAUAUAACGCGCGCAAUCAGGUUACUCUCUGGGGACCGAACGGGGAAAUCUCGGACUAUGCAUCUAAGCAGUGGGGUGGACUUGUGUCUUCGUACUAUGUUCCACGCUGGGGGAUGUUUGUGGAAUACUUGAAGUCUACUCCGAACACAUCUUACAACGCCACCGAGCUGCACACAAAGAUACGAGCCUUCGAGAACCAGUGGCAGGAUGAGACGUGGACUGUCCCUGAUCCCACUGGAGAUGAAGCAGACAUAGAAAAGACUCUGGAGCGAGUGGUACGCGCCUGGCCAUCUAUAUUCGGCCAAUAG